AUGCCGAGACGUGUUUUAGAUGUAGAUAACUUUAUAUUUAAUGUACAUGCUUAUUUUACUGCUGAGAAAAUUAACGGGGGCCCCUUGCGACCAGUUCAAUCCGUACAUAAACGUGUUUGUGAUGCACUCUGUAUUAGUGAAAAAAAACUACAGUCAGUUUUGCAAAAAGAAAAACGUGGACAAAGUGAACAAAAUGCCGCACAAUGUAAAUCUCGCCGGCAUCUAAAGACUGUAGAUCUUCCCGAAGGUUGCAAAUUUGAAAUCCGUGAGACAAUAUAUAAAAUGCGUGAAAGGAAAGAACAUGUCUCUUUAGAUUCAGUACUAGAGAAAUUAAAAGAAAGAAAAACAUUUGAAAUUUCCAGAACAAGUCUCUGGAGAGUUUUGAGACAGAUUAGCUUUAAGUUCAAAAAGGAAGACAAUAGAAAGGCUUUGUGUGAAAGAGCUAGUGUCGUUCACAAAAGAAUAGAAUUUUUUAGGAAUUAUAAGAAAUUUAAAAAAGAAUUUUCUUCCUUUGUUUAUUUAGACGAAACAUGGAUUUUUUCUAAAGGUGGUAUCAAACGAAUUUGGCAGGACGAGAGUACAAAAUCCAUAAAACAUACCGAUACCGAGGGAAAGAGAUAUAUUAUAGUUCAUGCAGGUGGAAAACAUGGUUUUAUUGAGGGAGCCGAUCUAGUGUUUUCAUCAAAAUCAAAAUCAGCCGAUUACCAUGACAAUAUGAAUACCGAGAUAUUUUUGAAAUGGUUGAAAGAAAAACUGUUGCCAAGUUUACAUGAACCAUCCGUUAUAGUACUGGAUAAUGCUUCGUACCAUUCGGAAAUUUUAAAUAAACAACCAACAAACUCCUGGACCGUAGAUAAAAUAAAAGAAUGGUUAACGAAUAAAAAUAUUACAUUUCCUCAAUAUUGCUUUAAGCCUCAACUACUAACGUUAGCUAAAAGUCAUGCACAACCAAACAUAUAUAUGGUAGACGAAAUUAUACAUAGCUUUGGACAUCGUGUGUUAAGACUACCGCCCUAUCAUUGCCAAUUCAAUCCCAUUGAAUAUAUUUGGGGGAUAUGCAAAACAUAUUUUGAUAACCAUAUUGGAUACAAGGGUUACAGUGAGGAGGCAGUCUUGGAAACAUGGCAAGAAGCAUUGGAUACUGCCACUCCUGAAAUAUGGGAAAAAAAGUGUAAAAAAAUGUGA